AUGACAUCAAAUUCUCUGAGUAACAGAAACUGUCAGACAUCUGCCAUUACAUCAAAUUCUCUGAGUAACAGAAACUAUCAGACAUCUGCCAUGACAUCAAAUUCUCUGAGUAACAGAAACUGUCAGACAUCUGCCAUGACAUCAAAUUCUCUGAGUAACAGAAACUGUCAGAGAUCUGCCAUGACAUCAAAUUCUCUGAGUAACAGAAACUAUCAGACAUCUGCCAUGACAUCAAAUUCUCUGAGAAACAGAAACUAUCAGACAUCUGCCGUGACAUCAAAUUCUCUGAGUAACAGAAACUGUCAGAGAUCUGCCAUAACAUCAAAUUCUCUGAGUAACAGAAACUAUCAGACAUCUGCCAUGACAUCAAAUUCUCUGAGAUACAGAAAAUAUCAGACAUCUGCCAUGACAUCAAAUUCUCUGAGUAACAGAAACUGUCAGAGAUCUGCCAUAACAUCAAAUUCUCUGAGUAACAGAAACUGUCAGAGAUCUGCCAUGGCAUCAGAUUCUCUGAGUAACAGAAACUGUCAGACAUCUGCCAUUACAUCAAAUGCUCUGAGUAACAGAAACUAUCAGACAUCUGCCAUGACAUCAAAUUCUCUGAGUAACAGAAACUGUCAGACAUCUGCCAUGACAUCAAAUUCUCUGAGUAACAGAAACUGUCAGAGAUCUGCCAUGACAUCAAAUUCUCUGAGUAACAGAAACUAUCAGACAUCUGCCAUGACAUCAAAUUCUCUGAGAAACAGAAACUAUCAGACAUCUGCCAUGACAUCAAAUUCUCUGAGUAACAGAAACUGUCAGAGAUCUGCCAUAACAUCAAAUUCUCUGGGUAACAGAAACUAUCAGACAUCUGCCAUGACAUCAAAUUCUCUGAGAUACAGAAAAUAUCAGACAUCUGCCAUGACAUCAAAUUCUCUGAGUAACAGAAACUGUCAGAGAUCUGCCAUAACAUCAAAUUCUCUGAGUAACAGAAACUGUCAGAGAUCUGCCAUGGCAUCAAAUUCUCUGAGUAACAGAAACUGUCAGAGAUCUGCCAUGACAUCAAAUUCUCUGAGUAACAGAAACUAUCAGACAUCUGCUAUGACAUCAAAUUCUCUGAGUGACAGAAACUAUCAGACAUCUGCCAAAACAUCAAAUUCUCUGAGUAACAAAAAUCAAUACGACAGCCACUAA